AUGGAUUUUUCUGUCUCUCAAAUCAAUCCACCACUCGAAGAUGACUCGGAAAGAGGCGGAUUGAGAUUAAUUGAUGGCUUUGGGAAUUACCACCUCAGAGUAUACGGUGCAGCUGGUUCAGUGCUGUCAAAUAUCACCGUUCUUGACCUCUUCUCUCUUGAUAGUGGAGAUAGAGAAACAGUCCAAGGUAGACAAACAUAUGGAUGGAUCAAGGAUUCUCAACUUAGCUGGCGCUUCAAGAUACUUCUAAACAGGCAAGAUUCAUUAACUUCUAAACAGUGUCUUAAGCAGAACAUGGAAAACGUUCCCAGUAACCCUGAUCCAGCGCUAGCCUUCUUCCACAUUCCAAUCCCGGAAGUCCGUGAUCUGUGGUACACACCCUUAUUUAGCCAGUUUCAGGAGGGUGUAGCAUACUCCAUCGUGCAAUCAGGAGUCUUAAAUAUCUUUUUGUCCAUGGGAAAUGUAAAAGCCGCGUUCAUAGGACACGACCAUGUUAAUGAUUUCUGCGGAAAUCUAAAAGGGGUAUGGUUUUGUUACGGUGGUGUAUUUGGAUACCAUGCAUAUGCAUGGAAGAAGAAAUUGGCACAGAAGAGGGAGACUGAUAGACACUAA